AUGAAUGCCGGACCAAGUUUGGAGCAUGAAGUUUGUUUUCACUAUGGCCAUAACAAAGCAAGCUGGUUUAGCACAUAUGAAGAGCAAAAACAACACUGGCCAAUGGACACGAGCAAACAUGUGGGCAGAGGCAAGUCGUUUACAACAGCCGACUUUUUUCACUAUGAUUUUGGUGGCAUCAUUGAGCACUUGUUCAUCAACUCUGAUGGUUUUGCUGUAAUGCUUAAUGAGCACCAUCCGUGGUUUUUGAGGCGUGACUCUAAUAACGGAGAUCCUAUUUUUUGCGUUUCUGUUUCACAUGAUGAUCCGUAUCCAAAGUUGAACAAAUAUCCUAGCGGCUACUUUGACAUACAGUUUACAGUUAAAGUGGGAAAAAACAUUCGAGAUGUCACUAAAUCUUUUACUGAUCCAAACUCAAAAUCAAACGCUAAACUUGCUCACCCGACUCACUUACCUGAUGAAAGAGUUAUCCGCUAUCCAAUCUGGUCAACUUGGGCUGAGUAUAAGAAAAACAUUAAUGAACACAAGGUAUUGGAUUUUGCUACACAAAUUAAGAAACAUGGCUUUCCAAACUCUCAAAUUGAAAUUGACGAUUUCUGGGAGCACAAAUACGGCGAUUUUUCUUUUGACCAUAACAAGUUUCCUGACCCCAAAAAGCUUAUUUCAGAGUUGCAUGGAUUAGGCUUUCGUGUUACCGCUUGGGUGUAUCCCUUUGUGAAUCAUGAUUCAGUUGCCUAUGAAGCCAAUAAAAAUCACUUCAUUAAAGACGCCAACGGACAUCCGCUCAAGGUGGACUGGUGGGAUGGAUCAGGUGGAGCAGUUGACUUUUCUGAUGUUCAUUCGGCAAAAUGGUUCGUUGAUCGGCUGGAAAAACUAAAAAAAGACACCGGUUUGGAUGCGUAUAAGUUUGACGCCGGCGAGCUGAACUGGUAUGGAAAGAAGUUUCACGUCAAAGACCCACAGGUGCAGCUGUUUCCGAACUUGAUGACUCAACGAUACGUGCAAACGUGCUCCAAUUUAGGAGGUAUGAUUGAAGUGAGAACGGCCUAUAAAUCACAACAGCUGCCCAUCUAUGUGCGAAUGCUGGACAAAGGUUCCCGUUGGAGCAUUGACAACGGCCUGCAAACCUUGGUCACUACCUCGUUGAUGAUGUCCCUUGCCGGUUAUCACUUCAACUUGCCUGACAUGAUUGGCGGCAAUGCGUACGGCCCUAAACCUGAUGAGGAGCUGUACAUUAGGUGGGUGCAGGCAAAUGCCUUCCUUCCGUCGCUGCAGUUCUCCAUUCCACCCUGGGCCUACAAAGCCUCUACUGUCAACAUCACCAAAAAGUUUGUCGAUUUGCAUGUUGAACACGCGGACACAAUUAUUCAGCUGGCAAAGGAGGCGAUCAGUCACGGAACACCAAUCAUUAGACCGAUGUGGUACGCAGAGCCAGAUGAUCACCGGACUUUCAAGAUAGGCGACCAGUACAUGCUGGGCGAAGACAUUGUGGUGGCGCCCGUCCUGGAGAAGGGACAAGUAGAACGACAGGUGUACCUGCCUUCGGGAACCUGGCUGGACGCCAGUGGAAAGAGCUUCACCGGCCCGGCAGAAAUUAAAGUGUCGGCGCCUCUUGAAGUGCUGCCGUGGUUUAAGCGAAAACACUAG